AUGACUUUGACAAACUUUACAACGGACGCACUCGAGGGCUUGUGUACUCAAGAGCAGCUGGAUCUUCUGGAUUCCAUCGAUACCCUACGAUCACAAGGCAUCAGCCACUACGUCUCGCUCCCGCAAAUAAUUGUAUGCGGAGACCAAUCUUCCGGAAAGAGCUCCGUUCUCGAGGCGAUUUCCGGUGUUUCCUUUCCAGUGAAAAGCAGUUUGUGUACUAGAUUCCCAACUGAAUUAGUUCUCCGGAAGAAUUCGCCAGUUGGAGUUCGGGUAUCCAUUGUCCCUCACCAGUCGAGGAGCGAAGCAGAGCAACAUUCUCUUGGCAGCUUUUCUGAAAAACUUGAUGGAUUCGAUGGCCUUGCAAAUCUAAUAGAGAACGCAAAGGCAGCGAUGGGAAUAUCCACCCACGGAAAAGCGUUUUCAAAUGACCUUCUGCGGGUUGAAGUUUCGGGCCCCGACCGGUCAAAACUCACAAUUGUCGAUCUUCCUGGUCUGAUCCACUCAGAAACACGACAACAAUCCGCAGCCGAUGUACAACUAGUUCAAGACGUUGUUCAGUCUUACAUGAGGGAACCGCGAAGCGUGAUCCUUGCCGUUGUCUCUGCCAAGAACGAUUUUGCAAACCAGAUCGUCCUCCGUUUAGCGCGGGACGCUGAUCCGUCCGGUAACCAGACAUUAGGCGUCAUCUCUAAGCCUGAUACGCUAGUCCCGGGAUCUGAAAGUGAGGCUUCCUUUGUCUCGCUUGCUAAGAACCAAGAUGUGGAGUUUCGUCUUGGAUGGCAUGUUUUGAUGAAUAUGGAUUCGGAGAAAGGCCAGCGGAGCUUAUCCGAUCGGGAUAUCCAGGAGUGGAAAUUCUUUUCCCAGGGGAUUUGGGAAGACAUGCCUCGAUCUCUUGUGGGUGUGGAUUCAUUGCGAACCCGUAUGAGCAGCCUGCUUCUUGGUCAGAUUGCAAGUGAACUUCCAAGCCUGAUUAACGAAAUCAAUUCCAAGAUCAAUUCCUGCAGGUCGCAGCUCCAGAAGCUCGGCGAUCCUCGUGCAACAUCAGGUGAACAGCGAUCAUAUCUUUUGCAUAUCAGUCAAGCGUUCCAGUCUCUGGUCAAGGCAGCUGUGGAUGGCACUUACAACGAGCCUUUCUUCGGAGAUGCAAAGACGGAUGAUGGGUACCAGAAGCGCAUCCGAGCAGUUAUUCAAAAUCUGAAUCAGAAAUUCACGGAUAAUAUCUCCCACCGUGGCCAUUUCCGCCAUCUCCUUGAAAGUGAAGACCAGAGAUUGAUCUCCAAACGUCAAGUACCUCUCACAAGAAAAGAAUACGUUCAGCAUAUCGAAACGCUUCUCAAAAGGACAAGGGGUCGAGAGCUACCCGGUACUUUCAACCCUUUGAUCGUCAAGGAUCUAUUUCAAGAACAAUGCGGCCCGUGGGACGACCUAACACACAGCCAUAUUACUGCAGCUUGGAUGGCGGCAAGAGAGUUCCUCCAACACGCAGUUUCCUAUGUGGCAGAUGAGGCUACCUCGAAGGCCUUGUUUCAAAAGGUAAUUUUGCCGGCUCUGGAAAAUUUACGACAUACAUUGAGGAAGGGAAGCGAAGAGCUCCUUAUACCGCAUCAGCGAGGUCAUCCCAUUACCUACAACCACUACUUCACCCCGAAACACUCCAAAAAACUCGUGCUGAUCGCCAAAAAGAAGCCUUCCGUAAAGCUUUUCAAUCCCACUUUGGUGUUGAUCCUCUUUCAACCUCUGGGCCUGUGA